CGCCGCCGCCUCCUCCUCCUCCUUCACCAUCUCCUCCUCCUUCGUCUUGUCCUCCUCCUCCUCCUGUAACUGAUGCAGAGGUUACCCUGCCGCCGCCGCCGCCUCCUCCUCCACCGCCAGCCCCAGCCCCCCCGCCCCAGCGCAGCCGCCGCCGCUGCCGCCUCGGAGAUAGGGGCGAGGAGCGGGGGCAGACGGACGCAGUGCGGAGGGGCCGGCAGGUUGUGGCCGCGGAAACCUCGCCAGGCUCUCCCCUUCCCCUCGGAGCGCCCUCCUGCCGGCGCCCCCCCAGGAUCCCCCCCUCGACGCCCGCCCUCUCCUUUGCCUUCCCUCCCUCUUCCCCUCCCCUCCCUCCCUCCCCUCCCUCCUCAUCACGGCCCCGGCCAUGACUGAGGCGGAUGCCGGUGUCGCCGUUGCCGCCGCCGCCGGGGGGGUGUCCGCUUCCCAGAAAGUAGCUUGAUGAGUGUCCAAAGUAGCAGUGGAAGUUUGGAGGGGCCGCCAUCUUGGUCCCAGCUCUCCACGUCUCCAACCCCGGGCUCGGCGGCAGCGGCAGCGGCAGCCAGGUCCCUGCUGAAUCACACGCCGCCAUCCGGGAGGCCCAAGGAAGGUGCAAUGGAUGAGCUUCACAGCUUAGAUCCAAGAAGGCAAGAAUUAUUGGAAGCUCGAUUUACAGGAGUUGUAAGUGGGAGCACUGGGAGCACUGGAAGUUGCAGUGUUGGAGCUAAAGCAUCAACAAAUAAUGAAAGUUCUAAUCACAGUUUUGGAAGCUUGGGAUCUCUAAGUGAUAAAGAAUCAGAGACUCCAGAGAAGAAACAGUCAGAGCCAUCCAGAGGAAGAAAGAGGAAAGCAGAAAACCAAAGUGAAAGCAGUCAGGGAAAAAGUAUUGGGGGACGUGGCCUCAAAAUUAGUGACUAUUUUGAAUAUCAAGGUGGGAAUGGCUCCAGUCCAGUAAGGGGAAUACCUCCUGCAAUUCGAUCGCCUCAGAAUUCACAUUCACAUUCCACUCCUUCCUCCUGUGUUCGGCCGAAUAGCCCUUCUCCUACUGCAUUAGCUUUUGGGGACCACCCUAUUACACAACCAAAGCAGUUAUCUUUUAAAAUUAUUCAGACUGAUCUCACAAUGCUGAAAUUAGCUGCACUAGAAAGUAAUAAAAAUCAGGACCUGGAAAAGAAAGAAGGUCGUAUAGAUGAUUUGCUCAGGGCUAACUGUGAUCUUAGACGUCAAAUAGACGAACAGCAAAAACUACUUGAAAAAUACAAAGAAAGAUUAAAUAAGUGCAUUUCAAUGAGUAAGAAACUUUUAAUAGAAAAGAGCACACAAGAAAAACUGGCAAGCAGGGAGAAGAGUAUGCAAGACAGACUACGCCUUGGGCAUUUUACAACAGUUAGACAUGGUGCUUCAUUUACUGAACAAUGGACAGAUGGUUUCGCCUUUCAGAAUCUUGUGAAACAACAAGAAUGGGUAAAUCAGCAAAGGGAGGAUAUUGAGAGGCAAAGAAAACUCCUGGCAAAGAGAAAACCACCAACUACUAAUAAUUCUCAGGCACCUUCUACCAAUUCUGAACCAAAACAAAGGAAAAACAAAGCUGUCAAUGGAGCAGAAAAUGAUCCUUUUGUUAGACCUAAUUUGCCACAACUGCUGACUUUAGCAGAGUACCAUGAACAAGAAGAAAUUUUCAAACUUAGACUAGGACAUCUCAAAAAGGAAGAAGCAGAAAUCCAGGCAGAACUUGAACGUUUGGAAAGAGUCAGAAAUCUUCACAUACGGGAACUCAAAAGGAUAAACAAUGAAGAUAAUUCACAGUUUAAAGAUCAUCCCACAUUAAAUGAACGAUACUUGUUACUUCAUCUGCUUGGUAGAGGUGGCUUUAGUGAAGUAUAUAAGGCUUUUGACCUUUAUGAACAAAGAUAUGCUGCUGUGAAGAUCCACCAGCUUAAUAAGAGCUGGAGGGAUGAGAAGAAGGAAAACUACCACAAACAUGCCUGCAGAGAGUAUAGAAUACACAAAGAACUGGACCACCCCAGGAUAGUUAAACUAUAUGAUUAUUUCUCCUUGGAUACAGACACGUUUUGUACAGUGUUAGAAUACUGUGAAGGCAAUGACUUGGAUUUCUAUCUCAAACAACAUAAAUUAAUGUCAGAGAAGGAAGCUAGGUCCAUUGUUAUGCAAAUAGUAAAUGCACUAAGAUAUCUCAAUGAGAUCAAACCCCCUAUUAUCCAUUAUGAUCUUAAACCAGGAAAUAUCCUUUUAGUAGAUGGAACAGCAUGCGGAGAAAUCAAAAUUACUGAUUUUGGCCUGUCCAAAAUUAUGGAUGAUGAUAGUUAUGGCGUGGAUGGAAUGGAUCUAACUUCUCAAGGGGCAGGGACUUAUUGGUAUUUACCUCCAGAGUGUUUUGUAGUUGGCAAGGAGCCUCCAAAGAUUUCCAACAAGGUUGAUGUAUGGUCUGUUGGAGUCAUCUUUUUUCAGUGUCUAUAUGGUCGAAAGCCAUUUGGUCACAACCAGUCUCAACAAGACAUCCUGCAAGAAAACACAAUAUUAAAAGCCACAGAAGUUCAGUUCCCUGUGAAACCUGUUGUAAGCAAUGAAGCCAAGGCUUUCAUAAGACGUUGUUUAGCAUACCGUAAAGAGGAUCGGUUCGAUGUCCACCAACUGGCUAAUGAUCCUUACCUUCUCCCGCACAUGAGAAGAUCAAAUUCUUCAGGGAAUUUACAUAUGGCUGGACUCACAGCCCCUACCCCCCCUUCUUCAAGUAUAAUUUCUUAUUGACGUGGCUCCAAGACUGGCAUGAUGUCUUUCAAUUGUUUUCAAAUGCAGACUUAUUUGAGAGCAUUUGAGUGUUUUUUACACAAGACAAGAUUGAAAACUUUUGAAACUGAAGUUCUUCUUUGGUGUAAUUUGUAUUCGAGUGGAUCAUGGACUGUGAAUAAAUGUACUCUUCUGACUGUAACCUUAAACAUUGAAGGAUCACUACCUCUUGCACACAGACAGGAGUACUGUGUUUAAGAGGGGGAAAAUGGGCCUUUGGGAGCUUUUUGUGGGGGGUGGGGAGGGAAGACAUUGUAAAUAACCUUUAUAAUACUUAAAUAAAUUUUUGGCUGAUACUGGAGAGUUCUAA